UUCAGUACCCAACUUCGUCGAGGUCAAAGAGGAUUGACUGAAGUAGAGACUCAGUUCUGGGGGUUUAAAUUUAUUUUUCUUGGGUCAACACACGUCACAGCUUUCCAAAACACUUGACUCCUAAUCUCCCAGGAUUUAUUGAAGAUCCGACAAAUUAUUGUCAAGUGUCACUCAACAAAAAAAAUUCACCUGAAGCUCCGGGGGUCUUCCCCGAUUGUUCACCAUCUUGUGAUACUAGAAUAUAUUCGUUGGUGAAAUGAGUAGAUUUUUAUUAUUGAGUGUAUUGUUGCUCGUGGUGCAACAAAUUGUUGCUCCUCCUGUCACCAAGACACACCAUGAAGGAGAUAAAAAGAAUGGAGUCGACGAAAAGGCAGAGGACGGUAUGGUCUUUGAGUAUGAGAGAUACCUGAAGGAGGUAGUCCAGGCCCUGGAGAGUGAUCCCGCCUUUCGUGAGAAGCUGGAGAAAGCUCAGGAAGUUGAUAUACGAUCAGGAAAAAUCGCAAUGGAAUUGGAGCACGUGAAUCACCACGUGAGAACGAAAUUAGAUGAAGUGAAGAGGACUGAGUUAGCGAGACUGAAUGAUCUCAAUCGUAAAAAAAGAGAAUUGAACCAGGGACACAAGGUGUCGAAGAAUGCGGCUUCUCAUAUUGAUCAUUCGAAUUCCGAUACUUUUGAAAUUGAGGAUCUCAAGAAGCUAAUCCAGAAGACGAAUGAAGAUUUAGCUGAGGCGGACAGAAAGCGUAAGGAGGAGUUCAAAGAAUACGAAAUGCAAAAGAAAUUCGAAGAGGAACAGAAAAUGAAGGUAUUGAAUGAGGAAGGGAAAAAAAAAUAUGCAGAUGAGUUGCAGAAAAUGAAGGAGAAGCACAAGAAACAUCAGCCAUUGCAUGAGCCUGGCAGCAAACAGCAGCUGGAGGAAGUCUGGGAGAAACAGGAUCACAUGGAGGAUCAGGAUUUCAAUCCAAAAACAUUCUUCUACAUGCACGACCUCGAUCAGAAUGGUUACUGGGAUCAGAAUGAAGUUAAAACACUGUUUAUGAAGGAAUUGAGUAAAAUACACAAUGGAAACCCUGAGGAUGAUCCUCGGGAGAGGGAGGAGGAAAUGGAACGCAUGAGGGAGCACGUAUUUUCGAGUGCUGAUACAAAUCACGAUGGAAUCAUCGACUACGAUGAAUUCAUUGCGCAAACGAAACGGGAAGAGUUCGAGAAAGAUCCAGGAUGGAAAACUCUGGACGAACAGGAGAUAUAUUCAGAACAAGAGUACCAGGCCUUUGAAAAACAAAGAGAACAAGAAAUUCAAAAGUUGAUUGCUCAAGGACUGAUACCCUCUCAUCCAGACUAUGGACACCAUGAACAGUUCCCACCGCAUAUUGAUCCGAAUCAGUUGCAUCAUCAGGGACAAGUGCCUGUUCAGCAGCAGUAUCAGGGACAUGUACCUGUGCAGCAGCAGUAUCAGGGACACGUACCUGUGCAGCAGCAGUAUCAGGGACAUGUACCCGUGCAGCAGCAAUAUCAGGGACAGGUGCCUGUGCAGCAGCAGUAUCAGGGACAGGUGCCUGUGCAGCAGCAAUAUCAGGGACAGGUGCCUGUCCAGCAGUAUCAGGGACAAGUACCUGUGCCACAACCGCAUCAGGUGCCAGUGCAGGGCCAGGCUCAGUAUCAAGUGCCUCAGGGACAACAGCCCGUCCAGCAGCAGUACCAACCACCUCCUCAACAGGUUCAACCGAAUGUUGUUCAGCAACCUGUGAUCAGUAACCAGCACGUCCAAGGGAAUGCUAUCCCAGUGGCGAAGCAACAGCAACAGCCUCUUCAGGUUCAGCAUCCACCUGAGCCAGUUGCCAAAGUUCAACCGAUCGAUGCAAUUCACAAUGCCUCCCCCAACGUGGUACACACGUGAAGGAAUUGCAUUAGAUAAUUGAAUUCUUCGCGACGUUUGAAUUUCUAUGACGUAUUAAUGAAUUUUAAUCCCUUCAUUUCGAAUUGACGAGUGCUCUUUGCUGAUUGGAAUCAUUUGCAGUCCAAGGAUUUACUCUCGUAUGGUUUAUGAAAAAUUUAAAAUCGAUAUCGUGUAUAUCUUUGUGAGAAUUAUUCGUACGUCUUGUAUUUAUGAGAUUGUCAGAGGCAUUUAAAAAUAAAAUAUCUCCCUUGUAUUA